UGUAAAUAAAACAUGGCGUCUGUUGCUAGGGGGAUUUUCGAUACCAUAUUUCUCUUCAAUAUUCUUAUUUUCAAUUCAAACGCAGAUGCUCGUUAUCCACCAAUUAAACCAAAACGAAUUGAGAUCUCGUACCAUUGGGAGAAAGAUGGUACCAGCUAUCAGGACAAGAAGACUGACAAACUUGUCGUCAAACAAGGUGCAAACAAUCUUCGUUUGCUCUGUAAGGUUGACCCACCAUUACCUGAAACAGAAGAACAUUUUGCAUUGAGGAACCAUUUGAUUAGGUUUGAGAAAAUCUAUCCAGAACAUUAUGUUUUAACUGGGCUGAGAUUUUGGACUGAUGACCAGCAGCGCACAGCGAUAUCUCUUGAAGUUGAAAGUGUUGAACUAUUUGGGACCUAUGUCUGUGUUUAUGGAGAAAUGAGAAAGACUGUUGAUAUUCUGGCGGACAAUGAACAAUUAAUCAAAAGUUUACCUCCACCAACAACCUUGGAACAUAUCAUUUCAUCCACGUUUAUUAGGAAAAAUUUAAUGGAGAAUAUUCAAUCAAAUAAUACAGAUUAUUAUGUCGAAAAACCAGAAUUCAAUUGCGAAGUAAAGAAAUCUGGAAUUGUGCAAAUCUUUUAA